AUGACUAUGGGUUUUAUAUCUGAAGGAAAAACUAUUGAGCCUCUUGUGCCAGCAUUAUUUAUCUUUGGAGACUCUCUUGCAGAUGCAGGAAAUAACAAUAAUCUUACUACACUAGCUAAAGCCAACUAUUUGCCUUAUGGCAGGGACUUUCCCGGAAGAAUACCCACAGGAAGAUUUUCUAAUGGAUUCAAUGCCAUGGAUUUUCUCAGUUUCAAGCUAGGGCUCCCCCUCAUACCCAUUUAUGCUGAUCCCAAUACCAAGGGAGAAAAUCUUCUCAAAGGAGUGAAUUAUGCAUCUGGUGCUUCAGGAAUUGAGAAUUACUCUGGACGCAUUUCUAAAUGUAUUCCUCACCUGUAUGAAUGCUAUGUGAAGGGUGAAGUUAUCCCUUUGAAAGAUCAGAUCCAAAAUUUUAUAAAAACUACAGAGGAGAUCUUUCAAACCAUAGGAAAAGAAGGUGCAAACCGGUUACUAUCAAAGGCAGUCUUCUACAUCAUUACUGCACACAAUGAUUGGCUAAAUACAUAUUAUUCUCUUCUCUCACCUCUUCCAGAGCUGUACAACGAGUACGAAUAUAGAGACAAUCUGAUUAGCAAACUUCUCAAACAAGUGGAGAGGCUUUAUUCUAAUGGAGCAAGGAAUAUUGUGGUGGCCGGACUGAGUGCAAUAGGAUGCAUUCCCUCACAGCUGAAUAAAUAUAAUAGCAAUGGUUCUUGCAUUGAUUUUCUUAACAAAGUUGCCAUAGACUAUAAUAAGGUCUUAAGACUAAAGUUAAGAGAACUCAACAACCAGCUUCCUGAUUCGACUAUUCUCUUCAACAAUAUGUAUAUCCCACUUUAUGAUGCCUUCCAUAACCCUGCAGCUUUUGGUUUCAAGUAUGUCAACCAGGCUUGUUGUGGCAUUGGAAAAUUUGGUGGUUUUUUAAUAUGCACCCCAGAAUACCCAGUAUGCAGGAAUGAAGAAGACUAUAUGUUCUGGGAUGCCUAUCAUCCCACAGAUAAAAUGUUAAAACAGAUGGUCGAUCUUCUAUGGGAAAAUGGCCCUCCCUAUAGUUAUCCAGUGAGUGGAAAGCAGGCAAUCCAGAGGAUUAUCAGGCAUUGA